AACUGGCACGACAGCGGGCACCAAGUCAUCUGGCACAACAGCGGGCACCAAGUCAUCUGGCACGAAAGCGGGCACCGAGUCAUCUGGUUCGACAGUGGGCACCGAGUCACCAAGCUCAACAGCGGGCACCGAGUCACCAAGCUCGACAGCGGGCACCGAGUCAACUGGCAUGACAGCGGGCACCGAGUCAACUGGCACGACAGCGGGCACCGAGUCAACUGGCACGACAGCAGGCACCGAGUCACCAAGCUCGAGAGUGGGCACCGAGUCAUCGAGCUGGACCACGAACACCAGGUCAUCAGGCUGGAUCGG